GUUGACUAUUCAGUUUGUGAAUUGCAGUCGACGGUGAAUGUGAACGGUGUUGUGUGCGCAAGCUAGUCCAAUUUUAAAUUUUUUUUAAAUAACAAAUCUCUAUUAAAUUUAUCGAAUUCGAUACAUAUCUCAAAAUUUACCGGAUUAAUCACGUAAUAGCUUAAUCCAAUUGAAGCGCGUACUUUUAUACACCAUAUUCAACACAUAAGCCGAAUUACAGUAGCAAAAACAACAACGAAACAUGAAGUCAACAUUCGCAAUGGUCCUUUUAUUAGGAAUUGUAUGCAUGGUUUUAGCUGAAAAAUAUCCAGCCAAAUAUGACCAGGUCAACAUCGAUAAUGUGCUUUCAAACGACCGUGUGCUAACCAAUUAUAUCAAAUGUUUGCUGGACAAAGGGGCCUGUACUCGUGAAGGUCGUGAACUUAAAAAACUUUUGCCGGACGCCCUCCAAAGUGAUUGCUCAAAAUGCAGCGCUGCACAAAAGCGUAACUCGAAAAAAGUCAUCAACUUCUUGCGAACAAGACGGCCAAAUGACUGGAAAGACCUCACCGCAAAAUUCGAUCCAGAAGGUUUAUUCAAACAACGUCUUGAUGCAGGCCUAGUUUAAGCGAUAAAUUAAGUUUUUUCAGCAGUAUUUUUUUUUUCAGUUCACAUAUACCUACACACCCACAUUCUCUCGCUCUCUAUCUCUCCCUUCUUUUAUCUAAACAACCCAAAUAAGACAAAUGAUUAACAACAUACGGUAUUUCAUUUUGUUUCUUUUAAAAUUGAAACACCGUACUUUGAGUGUGUAGAAAGCGGUAAUGUAAUGGUAUAGCCAAUAUUUUCUUGUUCCGUUUAGAAUAGGAAAGUAUUAAUUACAGUGUUGUCAUAUUAUUUAAAAUGACAAGAAAUACUCAAUUGUUCAAACCUUCUCUCUUUUUUUUGACACUCCUUUCCCAGUGCCGAAUUCCCAUUACUACUGUAAUAUCUUUAAUGAUUCCGUUUAAUUUUCGACAAACGAGACAUUUUGUGUUAUUAUUUUUUAAUUUUUGACGAAUUGAUUUAAAGUUACCUAUAUUUUUAUGGAUUGAAUUUGUGCCCCUUUUCAAACGCGGACGAUUAUUUUAUCAUUGAAAAC